CCUCGUCCCUGGUCCCUGGCGUCCUGUGCUGGGCCUCCCUCGUGUCGGGCCGUGCCGUGAUCGGAGGGUUAACACCGCUUCCCUGAAGUCCCCUCCCGUCGCUUUCCGGCUUCUCUGCCUCUCCGUUCGUGUUGGGAUCGGUGCCCGCAUCACCUGCCCUGCGUUUCCGGGCGUGUCCCUAAGGAGUUUGCAAUGGCUGCAACUGUGAACUUGGAACUGGAUCCUAUUUUUCUGAAAGCACUAGGUUUCUUACAUUCAAAGAGUAAAGAUUCUGCUGAAAAGCUGAAGGCGUUGCUGGAUGAGUCUUUAGCUCGGGGCAGUGAUUCAAGUUACCGUCCAGCUCAGAAGGAUGUGGAGCCACCCAAAAUUUCAAGCACGAAAUCUAUUUCUAUUAAGCAAGAGCCCAAAACAUCAUCCAGUCUUCCUCCUGCCAAUAACAAUGGCAAAGUCCUUCCAACUGAAAAGGCGAAGAAAGAGGCUGAAAAGAGGCCUGCUGAUAAAAUGAAGACAGAUAUCACUGAAGGAGCUGAUAUCCCUAAGAAACCGAGAUUGGAGAAACCAGAGACGCGGUCCUCUCCCAUCACCGUCCAGACCAGCAAGGAUCUGGCCAUGACUGACCUCUCCAGCUUCGAGGAGACCAGCGCUGAUGACUUCGCCAUGGAGAUGGGGCUGGCCUGUGUCGUUUGUAGACAGAUGACGGUGGCAUCUGGUAACCAGCUGGUGGAAUGUCAGGAGUGCCAUAACCUCUACCACCAGGACUGCCACAAGCCCCAGGUGACAGACAAGGAGGUGAACGACCCUCGCCUGGUGUGGUACUGCGCCCGAUGUACCCGGCAGAUGAAGAGGAUGGCUCAAAAAACUCAGAAACCACCACAGAAACCAGCCCCCACCGCUGUUUCUGUAGCUCCGGCUGUCAAGGAUCCCUUGGUUAAGAAACCGGAAACCAAACUCAAGCAAGAGACCACCUUCCUUGCAUUCAAGAGGACAGAAGUCAAGACAUCCACUGUUACUUCAGGAAGCUCCUCUAGUGCCAGUGUCUCUUCUUCAGCAACCAGUGGCCUAACUGGAUGGGCAGCUUUUGCAGCUAAAACGUCCUCUGCUGGCCCAUCAACAGCAAAAUUGAGUUCCACGACACAGAACAGUGGUGGGAAGCCUGCCGCCUCCUCAGCUGGCCAGAAGCCCGUGGGUUUGACUGGACUGGCAACGUCAUCCAAAGGUGGACUUGGCUCCAAGAUCGGGUCCGGCAACAGCACUUCACCCACCGUGCCACUGAAACCGCCACCUCCGUUGACCCUGGGCAAAACUAGCCUUAGUCGCUCAGUGAGUUGUGACAAUGUCAGCAAAAUAGGUCUUCCGAGUCCCACUAGUUUAGCUCCAGGGAGCAGCAGCCAACUGAGUGGAAAUGGAAAUAGCGGCUCAUCAGGGCCCAAUGGAAAUUCCACUGGCAAAACCACUUCAGAAGCUAGCAGCAGCCCGGCAGCUUCCCUUAAAGGUCCAACGUCACAGGAGUCCCAGCUCAACGCCAUGAAGCGGUUACAGAUGGUGAAGAAGAAAGCAGCCCAGAAGAAACUCAAGAAGUGAAGUGGCCGAGUAGGUUGUUCUGCCAUGUUACCCUGGAGAUGAAAAAGCUACUCUAGGACAUGCGCUGCCAUAUUCCAUAAUUUAAUAAAAAUCAUGAUAAUCCA